CGUGUGUGACGGCCAUGCUGACUGUGGAGACCAUUCUGACGAGGUGGGCUGUGCCAAACCCCCCCACUGUCCCCCGGAGCGCCGCUGCCCAAACAGCCAUGAAUGGUCUUGUGGAGGAAUGGCUGUGUGAUGGGGAACAGGACUGCCAGGACGGUUCAGACGAGAUGAAUUGUAAGGUGUCUCCAGUGACGUGUGGGAAGUUCCAGUGGAGCUGUGUCUCUAAGACCCAGUGUAUCCCUGCAACCUGGAGGUGUGAUGGACAGAAGGACUGUGAGGACUACAGUGACGAGGCCGGAUGUGACAAGUUGAAGUGCUCCAACCAGCUUUACCAGUGUGGUAGUGGAGAGUGUGUGGACCAUUCCCUGCUGUGUGACCACAUCAUCAACUGUCCUGAUGGAUCUGACGAGGGGCACGGUUGUUCCACCAAUAACUGCUCCAGCCCUGGGACCCCCCAAUGUGACCAGCACUGUGUCAGCACCCCUUACGGACCGAGGUGCAUCUGUGCUGCAGGCUUCCGGCUCCAGGCUAACGGUGUGUCCUGUGUGGAUGUUGACGAGUGUAAUGAGGUCCUACCACCUGUCUGCAGCCACACCUGCCUUAACACCCGCAGCUCCUUCCUGUGUCGCUGUCACCAUGGAUAUCUGCUGGAACCAAAUGGUCACAGCUGCAAGACCCAAGGUACUCCAAAUGUGUCUUUGCUUGAAGGUAAUUAA